GCAAGCAUCAAAACAAAGCUGAACGGCAUAUAGUGAAGUCGUGUUUUCGCGAGUCGCUACCUUAGGUUGUAAACAGCAUAAAUUGAGGUCCGUUACCGUGGAAAGUGUAUUUGUGUGAUGCGCAUCCCAACAGUGCCUAACGACAAGUGAAGGUGUGUGAAGUGAACCAGAAUUUUUUCGGUGUUGUUAUUGUUCGUGUAAUAUUCCAACCGCUCCAAACCCUAUCAGCAAACUAGAUUCCUGGGAGUGACUGGAGCAGACUGUAAGUUUUUCUUCUGCUUGUUUACCAAUGUGCAGUGUGUCGUGAGCAGCUGUUGAUCGAAAGCAGCACGGUGAAUAAAUUUGCAUUUGCAAAUCGUCAUUUGAACUGUGAGGACGCGGGUCGUAUUAAAAGUUCGAACGAAUUAAUCUGUAUCUAAUUUAGCUGUUAUUCUGAUCCAAAAUUCAUUGCUAUUUCCUUAAAUAUACUAUAGCAAGCGCCAUUUUAUUGCAUCUUAUUCAGUGAGAGUCCACGUCAGGCUAAAACAUCUACCACAAGGUUUCUCGAAAAACUGUAUACAUUUAAUGUACACAAAAGGUUUCGUUAACCUGUGCAGUGAGGAAAUAUUGCGAUAAAAUAAAAAUCGCGUCUAAGUAUAUGAAAAAGAAACUGGAUCGACGUAAACAGUUGUGCGUGAAAGUGUGCGUUUAUUUUCAAAUUAUUGCGCGUUGAAAAGCUGCUGCACCUGUGUAUGUGAAUUGUUUAUUCAGUGUUUCUCUUCUGUUGAAAUUCGUACCCCAGAGAGAAAACUGGUUAGUCGGCACGGCCGACACGUACACCUUUGGAUUCUUUGUUUACAAAUAUAACAUAGCGGGAGAAUUGAUUUUUCCUUACUUUUGUGCACCAGCGCUCAAAGGAUUCGUUCCUGAUACCGAGCCGGGAGAAGCUUUACAUUCCAGACAAAGAACGGAAGAAUGUUCAAGUCCAUCAAAUUGCCGAGUGAAACAAACAAAAUGUCGUCGACACCUAGAACGAGCGAGGAUUUACUGGGAGAGUCUUGGAUUGAGCUAUCGUCAAACACUAACACAUGCCCUAAAAGUCCCGACCGAACCACGCCUUUGCCGUUCACCUCAGUGGAAGAGUACUUAAGACUGCUGCGGGAGGCCCAACGGGAAUCGAAAGAAUCGAGUCGAGUAACCUCGCUGACCAGUUCACGGCGGGACUCACCUCGUGGCAGCCCUAAGUCACCACCUAACAGUCCUAACACAGAGCUUGCCACAACGGAGGAGGAACUCAAAGGAGUUUACAUUAACUAUCUCAAUAGGGAGGGCAAAACUACUGCUCAGAAGGAUAAUGACUGGAUUUGGGAAUGGAGCAGUCGGCCGGACCAAUUGCCUCCAACCACCUGGAAAUUUGAACAUUCGAAACAAGGAAAUCGCAGAGGACAGCAAGGUUAUUCAAUGAGACUGGCUCGAGUAGGCAAAAACUCACUGUUUUCACGCGAAGUUCUCUAUUCACUUGUUCUAACCAAUGUAUUAUCACUGCUGCUGGGAGCCGGGAUCGGCGCCUGGUUACACAAACGAGGACUGCUGUUCACUAGGAUUUCAAUCGAAUAAUCUGCUAGCAUUGUUGGAUAACCUCAGAUUGCAACGAUCUGAGUUACAGAAAUAUCCACGUCCGAAAAGCACUCACAGACCACAGUUAUCCUCCCGCAUUAGGCGAUGUAAAAGCGAUUGUCACUGACAUCACAUUUUCCAAAACCAAGCAACAUUAUAACGUGUGCAUAACAUCACGGAACUACAUAUUUUCUUAUUGUAAACGUGUUGGCAUUUUUGACUGCUAGGAAAAAUUUACGGUAACUCAGGAAAAUGAUUGACCAGAACAUUAAAGUGAAAAGUGCAGAUGUGAUGAUUCGUAGGAAGCAAAAUCAAAGGGUUUGAUUGGUUAGGUAAUGUACAUUUUUAGCAGAAAAUAUGUUUAAAACUAUUUCCAAUUUACUGCAUAUUGUUGCUGUUGUAAAAAUUGUAUCUUGUGAUUAACCAUGUUAUUUUAUUUAACGUUGUACGGCACGUCAUAUUCAUGGAUAUAUGUGUAGAAUAGGUGUCCAUGUUUUGUGAAGGGUAGAUACGAACAAUGAAUACUUUUGUUCACAUAGAAAACCCUGACUCUUGACCUGCUUUGCUACUACGGACACCAAUACUAUAUAUGCACAUGCAAAUAUGCAUGCUUGCCGAUUUCAGUUUUAACGAUUCAAAUGCCAAUCUUAAAAAACAAUUGAUGAAGAUUCUAAGAAAAGAUUUAAGAUUCGUUUUCAAACAGAGAGCCAAGUCCUUUACAAUGAUUAAAACAGACGUUAGCAUAUAAUUUAUGUAUUUAUCAUUUUAUUCGGUUAUCAGCUAUUCCAUUGUUAUAUGAUAUAUUUUACAAAAUAAAAUAAUAUAAGUCAUAUCAACCGUUUUCUACUUGCACUCCUUGCAAAAAUAAUCUUUUACCUAUGGAUCCCACAUGAAAAACCAGCAAAUCAAUAGUUCGUUUCGAAUAACUCUCUACUGA